AGUGACACGCAGGCUAUUUACAAUUACGGAUUAUAUCUGAAAGAGUGUUCAACUUGCGCCAGAGUCCAGUUUAAUUUCUGGUUUCUCGGACGAAUGAACUAUCUUCGAGGUGCCUGGUGAAGUUCAUAAAAAUUCUUUCUAUACCUUCAAAAACUCUUUUACCUGGUGCUCAGUGAAAUACUUUAUUGGAAAAAUUCUUAUUAGAUUUGAGAAAAAGAAACCCUCGACGGAAUCGUCAACUGCACCAGGAAUCCGAAUAAAUUGAGCGUUAAGUGAGUCUGUUUUCUUAUUCGAGAGGUCAAUGAAGCGAAGAGAUGGUGAUCGUAACACGAGGUGACUACAUCUGGAUCGAGCCCGUCUCCGGGAGGGAAUUCGAUGUAGCAAUUGGUGCAAGGGUGGUAUCAGCAGAAGGUAGACGGAUCCAGGUGAAGGACGACGACGGACACGAGCAAUGGCUAACGCCAGAGAGGCGGAUAAAGGCGAUGCACGCGUCUUCGGUGCAGGGCGUAGAAGACAUGAUCUCCCUGGGAGAUCUUCAUGAGGCGGGAAUUCUCAGAAAUUUACUCAUACGCUACAAUGACAAUCUCAUUUAUACCUAUACGGGAUCAAUUCUGGUGGCCGUGAAUCCAUAUCAAAUACUUCCAAUUUACACCGCAGACCAGAUAAAAUUAUAUAAGGAACGGAAGAUCGGUGAGCUUCCUCCUCACAUCUUCGCAAUAGGAGACAAUGCAUACGCACAUAUGCGGCGCUAUCGCCAGGAUCAAUGCAUUGUCAUUUCGGGUGAAUCUGGAGCUGGAAAGACUGAGAGCACCAAGCUCAUUCUACAGUAUCUGGCUGCCAUUAGUGGGAAACACUCGUGGAUUGAACAGCAAAUUCUCGAAGCAAAUCCCAUUCUGGAAGCCUUUGGCAAUGCCAAAACCAUCAGGAAUGAUAAUUCUUCAAGAUUUGGGAAGUACAUUGACAUCCACUUCAACAGUAGUGGAGUGAUUGAAGGAGCAAAGAUUGAGCAGUACUUGCUGGAAAAGUCUCGAAUUGUAUCACAGAGUCCAGAUGAGAGGAACUACCAUGUGUUCUACUGCCUUCUGGCGGGAUUGUCGUAUGAGGAGAAGAGAAAGCUAAAUCUAGGGGAACCUCAAGACUACAGAUACUUAACCGGAGGAAAUAGUAUAACUUGCGAAGGACGAGAAGAUGCAGCUGAAUUUGCUGACAUUCGUUCAGCAAUGAAGGUCCUCCUGUUUUCCGAUAGUGAAAUUUGGGAUAUUCUAAAGCUGCUAGCUGCUCUACUUCACUGUGGUAACAUCAAAUACAAGGCCACAGUAAUAGAUAAUCUCGAUGCUACAGAAAUCACAGAGAACAUCAAUGUUGAGAGAGUGGCUAAUCUUCUGGGUGUUCCUGUGCAGCCCCUAAUAGAUGCACUGACCAGAAAAACUCUCUUUGCCCAUGGGGAAACCGUAGUCUCAACACUUUCGCGAGAACAGUCCGUAGAUGUUAGAGAUGCCUUUGUCAAAGGCAUCUACGGACGCUUGUUCAUCUUGAUUGUGAAAAAAAUCAAUAGCGCCAUUUAUAGGCCACGUGCCUCCUCGAGAAAUUCCAUAGGAGUUCUCGAUAUUUUUGGCUUUGAGAAUUUUGAUCACAACAGUUUCGAACAGUUCUGCAUCAACUAUGCCAAUGAGAAUCUACAGCAGUUUUUUGUGCAGCAUAUCUUCAAGCUCGAACAGGAGGAAUAUAAUCACGAAGGAAUCAAUUGGCAGCAUAUUGAAUUUGUGGACAAUCAAGAUGCUCUGGAUCUCAUCGCAAUCAAGCAACUGAACAUCAUGGCUCUGAUCGAUGAGGAAGCCAAAUUUCCCAAAGGAACUGAUCAGACAAUGCUAGCAAAGCUGCACAAAACUCAUGGAUCACACAAGAACUACCUGAAACCCAAGAGUGACAUCAACACGAGCUUUGGACUCAAUCAUUUUGCAGGAGUUGUAUUUUAUGAUACCAGAGGAUUCCUGGAGAAGAAUCGGGAUACUUUUAGUGCAGAUCUUCUGCAACUGAUCAGUAUAUCCAAUAACAAAUUUCUUCAGUUGGUCUUUGCUGAAGACAUUGGUAUGGGAGCAGAGACAAGGAAAAGGACCCCAACACUGUCUACACAAUUCAAGAAGAGUCUGGAUUCUCUAAUGAAGACGCUUAGCAGUUGCCAGCCAUUCUUUAUUCGAUGUAUCAAGCCCAAUGAAUCGAAGAAGCCAAUGAUGUUUGAUCGAGGACUGUGCUGUCGGCAGUUGAGAUACUCAGGAAUGAUGGAAACCAUUCGUAUCAGAAGAGCAGGCUAUCCAAUACGACAUGGUUUCCGAGAGUUUGUUGAGCGUUACAGGUUCCUCAUCUCAGGAGUACCACCAGCUCAUCGGACAGACUGUCGCUUGGCCACAUCUAGAAUUUGUGCAGCAGUUUUGGGAAAGUCUGACUACCAGUUAGGCCAUACGAAAGUCUUCUUGAAAGAUGCUCAUGAUCUCUUCUUAGAACAAGAACGUGAUCGAGUAUUGACAAGGAAGAUUCUUAUUCUCCAACGCUCAAUUAGAGGUUGGGUCUACAGAAGACGCUUCCUUAGGAUGAAGGCUGCAGCUAUAGUUAUACAGAAAUACUGGAAGGGAUACUCUCAGAGAAAGAGAUUCGUGAAGAUGAAGGUGGGAUACAUGAGACUUCAAGCAUUGAUAAGAUCACGAGUUUUGAGUCAUCGGUUCAGGCAUCUUCGAGGUCACAUUGUAGGACUUCAAGCUCAUGCUAGAGGGUACUUGGUGCGUCGGGAAUACGGUCAUAAAAUGUGGGCAAUAGUGAAGAUUCAAUCCCAUGUUAGAAAGAUGAUAGCUGUGCGGAAAUACAGAAAAUUGAGGGAAGAUUACCGCCGCUACAAUGAGGCCUUGCGUCUCAGAAAAAUUGAAGAACAAGAACUUAAGCAUCAAGGCAACAAGAGGGCCAAGGAAAUAGCUGAGCAACACUACAGAGAUCGUCUCAAUGAGAUGGAGAGAAAGGAGAUGGAAAUUGAAAUGGAGGAACGAAGGCGGGUAGAAGUGAAGAAGAAUCUUAUUAAUGAUGCUGCCAGAAAGGCCGAUGAACCAGUGGAUGAUAGCAAAUUGGUAGAAGCGAUGUUUGACUUUCUUCCAGACUCCAGCAGUGAAGCACCAACUCCUCACGGUGGUCGCGAAACCUCAGUAUUUAAUGAUUUGCCAUCGGUUCAUUUAGAUCAUCAAGAGGAAAUUAUUGGUCAAGUGCAUCAAAUAUCUGAAGAUGAGGAAGAUUUGUCGGAGUUCAAGUUCCAGAAAUUUGCAGCUACAUACUUCCAAGGCAAUGUUACACAUCAAUACUCAAGGAAACCGCUCAAACAUCCUCUUCUUCCGCUUCAUACUCAAGGUGAUCAACUGGCAGCACAGGCGCUCUGGAUCACCAUUUUGAGAUUUACAGGAGAUCUUCCUGAACCACGCUAUCAUACCAUGGAUCGCGAUAACACGUCCGUUAUGUCCAAAGUCACUGCGACAUUGGGAAGAAAUUUUAUUAGAAGCAAAGAAUUCCAAGAAGCACAGAUGAUGGGUCUGGAUCCUGAGACAUUCCUGAAACAGAAACCCCGCUCAAUUCGACAUAAACUUGUAUCGCUCACCCUCAAACGCAAGAACAAACUGGGUGAGGAUGUUCGUCGACGUCUCCAAGAUGAGGAAUAUACUGCUGAUAGCUAUCAAUCCUGGUUGGAAUCACGUCCUACGUCAAAUUUAGAAAAACUGCAUUUUAUUAUCGGCCAUGGUAUACUAAGGGCAGAACUUAGGGAUGAGAUUUACUGUCAAAUCUGCAAAGAACUCACUAACAAUCCGUCCAAAUCUUCCCAUGCUCGUGGGUGGAUUCUUCUUUCUCUGUGCGUAGGUUGUUUCGCACCAUCUGAGAAAUUUGUAAACUACUUGAGAGCCUUCAUCCGUGAGGGUCCACCAGGAUAUGCGCCAUACUGUGAAGAUCGUCUCAAGAGAACAUUUAACAAUGGUACGCGCAAUCAGCCACCAUCUUGGCUGGAACUCCAAGCCACAAAGUCCAAGAAGCCUAUCAUGCUACCCAUCACAUUCAUGGAUGGGAAUACUAAAACUCUCCUUGCGGAUUCUGCCACAACGGCUCGGGAAUUGUGCAAUCAGCUGUCAGACAAGAUACAGUUGAAAGAUCAGUUUGGAUUCUCUCUUUACAUAGCUUUGUUUGAUAAGGUAUCAUCUCUGGGUAGCGGUGGAGAUCACGUUAUGGACGCCAUCUCCCAAUGCGAACAGUAUGCUAAGGAACAGGGUGCUCAAGAACGGAAUGCUCCCUGGCGCCUGUUCUUCCGCAAGGAAAUCUUUGCUCCCUGGCACAAUCCCACUGAAGAUCAAGUUGCCACGAAUCUCAUAUACCAGCAAGUGGUGAGAGGGGUAAAAUUCGGAGAGUACCGAUGCGACAAAGAAGAGGAUUUGGCCAUGAUUGCAGCCCAACAGUACUACAUCGAAUAUGGUAAUGACAUGGCCAUGGAGCGUCUCUUUACUCUCCUGCCCAACUUUAUCCCAGACUACUGUCUUACUGGUGUUGAGAAAGCAAUGGAUCGCUGGGCAGCCCUCGUUUUGCAAGCCUACAAGAGGAGCUACUAUCUGAAAGAGAAAGUUCCCACACUGAAAGUUAAGGAAGAUAUCGUGAGCUACGCCAAAUACAAGUGGCCACUAUUGUUCUCCAGAUUUUACGAAGCGUACAGGAAUUCUGGUCCAAAUCUACCCAAGAAUGAUGUCAUCAUAGCAGUAAACUGGACAGGAGUUUAUGUGGUAGAUGAUCAAGAGCAAGUUUUGUUGGAACUUUCCUUCCCCGAAAUCACAUCCGUCGCCAGUCAAAAGACCAAUAAAGUCUUCACGCAGACCUUCAGUUUGUCCACUGUGCGAGGUGAAGAGUUUACAUUCCAGAGUCCCAAUGCUGAAGAUAUUCGUGAUCUUGUUGUGUACUUCUUGGAAGGACUCAAAAAGAGGUCCAAGUUUGUGAUCGCACUGCAGGAUUACAAGAGCCCUGGGGAGGGUACCAGUUUCCUGUCGUUCUUGAAGGGCGAUUUGAUAAUAUUAGAGGAGGAUAGCACAGGUGAAACCGUGCUCAACAAUGGCUGGUGUAUCGGGCGCUGCGAGAGGACACAGGAACGUGGGGACUUUCCUGCUGAAACUGUCUACGUUUUGCCAACUCUAACGAAGCCUCCCAAUGAUAUUCUGGCUCUGUUUAGCGUGGAGGAUGCUCAUCAUGGACGACGUUUGAGUACGGUGUCCAAUGGAGGAACAGAACCUCGAGAUCGGCCACAUAAUUUAGCUGAGUAUGCGUUGGAUCACUUUAGACCACCACCCAAGAGGACCAUGUCCAAGACUCUAACCCUGAGCUCUAAGAGGAACAAUGAAGAAUUAUGGAGAUACUCAAGGGAACCAUUGAAGCAGCCUUUGCUGAAGAAGUUGCUGAUGAAGGAGGAACUAGCUGAAGAAGCAUGUUUCGCCUUCUCAGCUAUUCUGAAGUAUAUGGGAGAUUUACCCUCAAAACGCCCAAGGGUUGGAAAUGAAAUCACAGAUCACAUCUUCGAUGGUCCCUUGAAACAUGAAAUUCUCAGAGAUGAGAUCUUCUGCCAACUAAUGAAACAGCUUACAGACAAUAGAAACAGAAUCUCAGAAGAGCGUGGAUGGGAGUUAAUGUGGCUGGCAAGUGGAUUAUUUGCGUGCAGCCAGGGCUUACUGAAGGAACUCACACUCUUCCUACGCUCACGAAGGCAUCCCAUCUCCCAGGACUGCCUCCAUCGUCUUCAAAAAACAAUUCGCAACGGACAACGCAAAUAUCCUCCGCAUCAAGUAGAAGUGGAGGCAAUUCAGCACAAGACUACACAGAUCUUCCAUAAAGUCUACUUUCCAGAUGACACAGACGAAGCUUUCGAAGUGGACUCCUCCACGCGUGCUAAGGACUUCUGCCACAACAUCUCACAACGUCUCACUCUCCGCUCAGCCGAAGGUUUCAGCUUAUUUGUAAAAAUUGCCGAUAAGGUGAUUUCCGUUCCCGAAGGUGAUUUCUUCUUUGAUUUCGUACGUCACCUUACGGAUUGGAUCAAGAAAGCCAGACCCACUCGUGAUGGAACCAAUCCCCAGUUUACGUAUCAAGUGUUCUUCAUGAAGAAACUCUGGACUAAUACGGUGCCUGGUAAAGAUAGGAACGCCGAUCUGAUCUUCCACUACCACCAGGAAUUGCCAAAGUUGCUGAGGGGAUAUCACAAGUGUGCCAAGGACGAAGCCGCCAAAUUGGCAGCUCUGGUCUAUCGGGUGAGAUUUGGAGAGAGCAAACAGGAGCUUCAGGCUAUACCGCAAAUGCUUCGCGAAUUGGUGCCUUCGGACCUCAUUAAAUUGCAGAGCAGCAAUGACUGGAAACGCUUGAUUGUGGCUGCAUACAAUCAGGACGCAGGCAUGAGUCCUGAAGAUGCAAAAAUAACAUUCCUCAAAAUAGUCUACAGAUGGCCAACGUUUGGAUCAGCCUUCUUUGAAGUUAAGCAAACCACUGAACCCAAUUAUCCCGAAAUGCUCUUAAUUGCCAUCAACAAACACGGAGUCAGUCUUAUUCAUCCGCAGUCGAAGGACAUUCUGGUGACGCAUCCUUUCACCCGGAUCUCCAAUUGGUCGUCUGGCAACACGUACUUCCACAUGACGAUAGGCAAUCUGGUUCGUGGCUCGAAGCUACUCUGCGAAACAUCACUGGGCUACAAGAUGGAUGACCUUCUCACCUCGUACAUAUCACUAAUGCUCACAAAUAUGAAUAAGCAACGGACAGUUCGAAUGAAUUAGUUAUGUGGCAGAACUUCUCGCUAGAUCUAACAAUAUUUAUAGCCAGUUCGGUUACUUAAGGCAAACAAAAAUAUUUUACAAAUUAAUCGAUGCAUUAUUUAUUUUUAAAACAAGUCAUGGGAAAAUUCUUCACUGGAGAAUCAGUCUCCAAAUUAUCUUCUUUUCUUUUUUUUUUGAAAUAUUUCUGUCCAUGAAUAGUUUCUUGUGUCUUUGCAAAAAUCACAUUGCGUAUUUCGUAGCUUUUAGUCAAGUAUAAUUAAUUAAUUAUAUACUGUAUUUUCUCCCAAUCUAAAAAGUAUUUUUUUCUGAAUGAUAUUUUAAAAAGUUUUAACUGUAGGUCGUUAUGUUGUAUCACAUUACAUAAUGAUGGAACGUAUUUAUGUAUUUUCGUUAUAAAUGAUUACAUUUUGAAAUAAAACCUCCUCAUUCCUAUGAAAA